AUGGAGCUGUCCCUGAAGAAGCUCGGAAGUACCAGCUACCGCUCUUACCGGAAGGCGGAGAGGCUGCACCAGCCGAAGGCGGAGAAGGAGCUCCAGUGGCAGAAGGAUAAGGAUCACCAGCCGCCGAGGGAGGAGCAGCAGCCGCCGAGGGAGGACCAGCAGUUCUAUAGGCAACCGUCGAGGCUGCACCAGCGGAAGGCGGAGAAGGAGCUCCAGUGGCAGAAGGAUAAGGAUCACCAGCCGCCGAAGGAGGAGCAGCAGUGCCACAAACAACCGCCUAGCAGAAAUUUAUCGUCAUCCUCUUUAUCAUCGCUUCGUGUACAGCAGGAGCUGGCCCGUUUCGAGCAUCUUGUCACCGAGGGCAGCAUAUCCGAUGUCCAGAAGAUGGCCGGUCUGACGUGUCUGCAAUGGAGCUGUGCCCUAACGCCACCGAUGGCGCCGGCCAUGAUGCCACCAUUACCGCCACCCUGUCCGGGUGCACCGCUCCGGCCACCGUGCAUGACGCCAGCAAUGACUCCUGUGCCACCCAAGGUGGAGCUGCCAAAGAAGAACGUGCCGCAGCCCACGAAUCUAUACAACAGCUUCAACUGGUCCAAGCCGCCGGAUGCCAAGCUCCAGGUCACCGUCUGGAGCGAGCUUGGCGAGAGCGAGCUGUAUAACAACAUGGAGUUGGAGUCGAGCCGAUACGGCAGUAACGGCCGAUGGAGCUGUCCCUCAAGAAGCACGGAGCACCGGAGGUACCAGCUUCUGCUGUAG